AUGGUUCAGAAUCGAAGUGGUAGUGCACCACCUAGUAUGGAGGGUUCUUUUGCUGCUAUUGGGAAUCUAAUGACUCCACAGAACAAUCUGAAUUCAAGCUUGGCAAGUUUAAGCAGUGCUAUUGAGAAUUCUGAGUCUGAGGAACAAUUGCGGUCUGAUCCAGCCUAUUUUGCGUACUACUGCUCUAACGUCAACCUGAAUCCAAGGCUUCCUCCACCUCUUAUUUCACGGGAGAAUCAACGCCUGGAAGAGUCUGAGGAUGAUAGGUCACCCUGUCAAACCUCAGAUGAUUGGCCAGAAAGCAGCAGUGCAGUUAUGCCUGGACAGAAGACAGCUUCUUCAGCAGGUCGCCAUAAAAGUUUGGUUGAUCUGAUACAGGAGGACUUUCCCCACACCCCAUCCCCUGUAUAUAAUCAGUCUCGUUCCUCAAGCCAUGCAGCAACGGAGGAACUACUUGAUCUUGAUUUCCAUGCCAUUUCAUUAAAUGAUUCUUCUCUUGAAAUUUCAAAAUUACCGGAACCAGGUCCAGGCACUGUUGAUGUUUCUGCAAGCACAUGCACUCUAGAUGCACCUGCUAUUGGGUUAAUGCCCAAUAAGGAUGAUGCGGCUAACUCUUUUCCAAGCUCAUCAUAUUCUGAUAGAAAACACAGCUCAUUGCCUCUACCUAAAGAUGAAUCAAGCGAUAAAGGUGGGGUUGGUGCGUUAGUUAGUGAGGGCGCUGGAUUGGAGGUUUCUAGAGUGGAGUCUAAAACCAAAGCACCUAAUGUAUCUAUUCUUCUAGUUGCUGAGAAUAAUGCAAAUAAACAAGGACAGAAACCAUCGUAUGAGAGGAAUGCGCCGCCACACCAUCCAUAUGCACAACAAAGCUCUCCAUACAAAGUUCAGGGAGUUCGGGCUCAAGUGAUCUCUCAAGGAAUGAGCUACCCUUAUAAUGGCAUGGAAAAACUUACCCAUGCACUCCCUAAGUUCUCUUUAGUUGAGGUACAGCCUAUGACGCAGUCUCCUGGACUCACCCCUCCUCUGUAUGCAACAGCAGCAGCAUAUAUUGCUUCAGGAAGUCCAUUUUACCCUAACACACAGCCAUCAGGCCUAUUUGCUCCGCAGUAUGGGGUGGGUGGAUAUAGUCUGAGUUCGGCACUUGUUCCUCAAUUUAUAGGUAGGUACCCUACUCCUGCUGUUAUUCCUAUGCCUUUUGACGCUACUUCUGGUCCAAGCUUUAAUGCUCGAACAACUGGUGCAUCAAUGGGGGAAAGCAUUCCACAUGAGUUACAAAGUCUGAAUAAGAUCUAUGGGCAUCAUGGGUUAAUGCUGCAACCUUCUUUUCUGGAUCCUCUUCAGAUGCAAUACUUUCAGCAUCCUUUUGAGGACGCAUAUGGAAGCAGGUCAGCAAGAUCGCCUUACCGCAGCAGUUCAUCCUGCAUGAUUUUGAUGCUAGUGAUCAUGAUUCCAUCCUAUGCUUCUUCGAUCAUGGUUUCAUCUUCUUUGAUUGAUCGAGAGGAAAAUGAUUCUGCAUCCCAACCUCCUGUUCCGAGAAACCUAUUAGGGAAGUUUAGAGCUUCUACAAAGGCAAUUUUUUUCAGCCGCUCAAUUGAAGUUUGGAGAAUUGAUGAUAGCGAAAAACAGUCAGCCAGCUGUGUUCUUGCAAUGGAGAACCCUGCUGUCUUCCUAGAUAGCAGGUGCAUUGAUAAUGGGGAUAUAGAUAAGUCAGGCUUAUAUGCCUUGGCUAUUUCUGAAAUUAGUGUUUUUGUUAUUUUUGGUAUGCAAAGAAUGUGGAGGACUUACGAGAAGAUUAAGAAGAAAUUCGAUCCAGUAAUAAGUUUAUUCUCUCAUUCAGACUUCGACAAAUUGCUCACAGCCAUCGACCUUUUGAUUGCUUUUGAGGAUCUUGACGCCAAUUGA